AAUUGACUUGGACAAUGUCACUCCAAAGAAAAGAAAAAAGCAUAAUAUGCUUUAUUCUGAUAAUACAUAUCCUGAGCGUCGACGGGCGGUGAAGAAAUCGAAAUACCUUGCAAGCCCAUAUGAUGACGUUGUCCACAAGUCUGCUGCAACGGAGUUGCAGAAAAAAUUAUCAACAUAUGCUUGGAACCCGGAGCUUGAUAAGGAUCACAUUAUGUACUGCUCAGACAACAAGGCUCAUUUGUAUUCUCUACAAAGGGCUGACUUCUGGACACUUCAAAAAGAUGAAUGGGUAUCAUGCUUUGUCAUAAACAGUUGGGUUAAUUGUUUAAAUUGGAAUCAGCAGGACAACAUGACAAGACUAGUGACACCAUUGGUUAAUUAUUUUGACAUGGAAAGAAUGCCUCCUGUAACUAAAUCAAUUGCGCACUGGAGAUUCGUUGACAGACUGAAAAAUUUUAAGUACAUGGAUUGGAAGGCCAUUGACCCUACAAAGCUAGAAUACAUCAUGACACCAGCAAUAGCUGGCAAUCCAGGAAGCCAUUAUGUCUGCUUUGUCGUCAAUUUUAAAAGCCACAAAUUUGAAUUCCUAAACAGCUUGACGGGGGGAGGAGAGAAAUUGCAGUUACCAAAUGGUGAACCUAGCUUAUACAAACAGAUGUUUGAUGUUUGGCUGAAUGAGGUGGAAGCAUUUGUGACAGAAUUAUAUAAGUUAUGGAAAAUCAAAAUGCCUUUCCAAUUCACCACAUUCAAUUGGGAUACACCAAAGGUGCCUACUCAAGUUGAUUCAGACAAUUGUGGAGUGUUUUGCAUGAAGUUUCUUGAUGAAUGGGGUGGUGAAAUGCAAUCUUUCAAAGGUUGGUCCAAACUUAGGAAACAUGGGGACAAUGGAAAGAUUGCAAAAAUUAUGGAUCUCCGCAUUGAUCUAUGUUCAGCUAUAUUAACCAACUCUAGCAAUUCCAGAAAAGAACAAGUGCUGAAGGAUGCAACUUGAUGGUUUUUUUUUUUUGACAAAGAAGCAACUUGAUGGUUAAGCACUACAAUUUGUAAAAUGGUUUGGUGCUUCUCUGUAAAAUGGUUAGAAACCAUUAGUGGUAUUAAAUGGUUUCAAGCUGUUGUACAAAGAAACCAUUUGGCAACAGGGUUUAGGAUGUUUUAAACAUUUUAAUAUUUGUUUACAUAACAUUUUAGUUUUAAUGAAUUUUACUUUGUAUGGUAAAA